AUGUCGAGGUCGUCGUCCACGUCUCAGUCCGCUAGAAACCAUAUCCCACCUUCCACACGCGCCAAGGCCCACAAUUUCAACGAGUACGCAAACGUAGACCGCGAUGGAAUACCUUCAAGCUUGAGCCUCCUUUCUGCUCGGAGACCUUCCUGGACUCCUUCUCCGUUCUACGAUCUUCCAGGCCCUCAUGGUCCAGAUAGCUUGCAGCCUGGACUUGCUUCGUAUCGCGAUGUCCCAUCCUUUGGGGUACAACCACCUGUGCAUCCGUCGCCAUCCCCAGACGACAGUGGAAACUUUUAUCAGAGACUUCAAAUUGACAUGAAAGACUUGGUGGGAGACGCAGUUGGCAACAUGAGUAUCAGUCCUACCAGCCGUGAUAUUGUCCUCGCUGCCCGCCGGGGCCUAUUUAUCAUAGACCUUCAAGCACCAUUCGAGGUGCCCCGGUUUCUUCCUCAGGGCGGAACGUGGGAUGUAGCGGAUGUGCAAUGGAACCCCCAUCCUUCUCGCGCAGAAUACAUCGUAUCUACAUCUAGCGAGAAACUUCUCAUCUGGAACCUUCUACUUGUCGGCAAAACUUCCAUCGACUAUAUUCUUCAUUCACACUAUCGCGCAAUUACAGACAUUAACUGGCAUACAUCGGAACCAGACACUGUGGUUAGUACAGGUAUUGACUCAUGGCUCUGGUCAUGGGAUCUACGAGAACCACGGAAGCCUGUGCUUGGUUUAUGCGCAUUUAAUGCCGCUGGAACGCAGGUCAAAUGGAAUCGUCAAGAUGCCAAUGUACUUGCAUCCUCUCAUCUAAAUGAAGUCCUCAUAUGGGACCGUCGAAAAGGAUCACUGCCCACAUCUAGGAUAAAAGCCCACAAAGCUAAAAUAUAUGGUAUAGAUUGGGCUCACGAGAGGCGGAACGAUAUCGUCACUUGUUCUCUCGACAAAACGAUAAAGAUAUGGGAUACUAGUGACUCGCCUAAUGAGACUGGUGGAUUUGAACCAAAAAAUACAAUAAAAACCAGAUAUCCGGUGUGGAGAGCACGAGAUCUUCCUUUUGGUCACGGUGUUCUUAGCUUACCCCAAAGAGGAGAGACUGCACUAGAAAUGUGGGCAGAUUCCGACUCGGGGACGCCCGUAGAAGUAUAUGAAGGUCACACGGACGUUGUGAAGGAAUUCGUCUGGAGAAAAGGAGGCCUGGAGGGAGGAGAAUACCAGUUAAUAACGUGGUCGAAAGACAGAACUCUCAGAUUCUGGCCAGUAGACUCGGAAACCAUGGAGAAAACUGGUUACGUCUCCGGGAUGAAGAGGACUCGGUCAAGAUUUUUCACAGAUGCAGAUGAUAACCAGUCCUUUCGACACCCUCCGGAGGGGACAGACUUGGCUCCAUCUCUAUCUGCGCCCGUUGGUCACCGCGCUAUUUUAGCUGAGGUACGAGCGCCACUCCCCCCUCGCAAACUAAAUCCAGUGCUACAACCACACCACGGAUCUGCUGCACGUGCGAGAUCACAUGAGAAAGGCAUCAUACCUCCAGAGCAUAGCACCAAUCAUGUCUCCCUGCCGAUACCCGUGGCUACGGCUACACGACAUGGCGGUACUAUGAGUCGAGGCAACGUUGGUGGUAAGUCUGCGCGAAUGGAUGCGUUUACGUGGCUGGCCAAUGUGAAAGUGGGAGACCGACGGGAGAGUAGCUCUGGACCAGGCAGUGGUGCGGAUAGUGGGGACGUUUCAAGAAUAAGUUCAAGGUCGAGGCCCCCUUCUGGCAGAGACCCGAGCACCGCUCCUGGUCGCCGCAAGAGGAGCGAAAGCCGGGGGAGAGGCAACGAAGAGCAUCGGGAUGGGGACGUCAACCAAUCCCUACAAGAUGAAAUUACGUCUGUCCUCACUAAACUCGCUUCCUCUAAAAUAAAGCUAGAGAAACAUGAUCUGACGAAAAGGCGUACUUGUACUCUUGGUUUACAUGGACCUUGGGGCGAGUCGUCUUCAGUGUUCAUCCGCGUAUCGUUUAAGUUUCCAAAGGAAUAUCCACAAAGCUCAUACCCAGAAGGGACGCCCGAUAUCGACGUUGAACGCAACCCUCUUAUCUCCAUGCAGAGUCGUGCUUUCAUGCUACGUCGUCUAAAAAGUAUUCGUGAGGGGCGAAGACCGUGCCUCGAAGCAUGCUUAAGAUUUCUGCUUUUUGGUAAUGAAGACGAAGAAGUAGGAGGCGGAGCUGCUAUGGGCUCCGAAUCUUCGUCUGAGGACGAGGCGGUGGUACCACGCAAGCCGCGAGAUGUCACCGUCUCGUUACUGCGAAGCAACAAAAAUCUCGCGGAACCUCGUACGUCUCAGGGUGUCUUUGGUCCCAAUGGUGAAUUGGUGUGCUUCUUCCGGGCACCACCCCGAAUCGUUCGGAAUCCCCUGCGAGAGAUAUCCACGUCUUCAGCCGCCGCAGCCACUCACUCCCCGGAGACAGUACCACGAUUCUUCCAAUCACCAGCGUUACUUGCAGACGCUGUCCGUCGUCUUGGCCUCGCUGCAACGGAUCGAAUGGUAGACCUAGCAGACCCGAAAAGAGCAGAGGAUGGCGAUAAUAUCCUACGCAUCAUGACCAAUCUUUUGACGUUUUCGCAGCAAAAAGUUAGGAGAGAAUCGGAAUCGAACUCAUUGGAUGACAUCCCCGCCAGUUAUUCACUGAUUCCAAUGCGACGAAGCACCAUAUUCAUCAAGUACCCUUCUGAUAUCACGAACGCCAAUAGGACGGUCGCUGCAGAGUACAUCUUUGAGUCCCAGAAUUUGGCAAACUUGUGUGAGACGAACGCACAUAUAGCAAAAGUCAAUGGCCAGUUACACCAUGAACGUGUCUUCAAGACGCUACAGGCACUAUUCCCAAGCUCACGCACUCGAGACUCUGAUGGUCGUACGGUGUCAACAGAGAGUGCGCUCCUUUAUCACGUUGCUAUUAGACUGUAUAACGAAUUUUCUGCUAAUAAAGAUAUCCAGAUGCUGGCCAUGAUAUCCAUCGUUUUACUAAAGACAUGUGGUCCAUCACUGGUAACGCGAAAUCACUCUUCUGACGUGAAAGAGCAUGUCUCUGCUAUCUCCAAAGCUGGUUUAGAUUAUUUCAGCCUCGCACGCCCCAAAGAAGGUCCUAGCGCGGCACUUUCUCCAGGUUGGCCCCGUUUGCCAUCAACAUCCCCCACUGCGCUCCCCCUAUCGGCCUCAAAUUCAUCGCGUGGCUCUUGGUCUAGUCUAUUCAAUCCUGGCAGCGUGCGACAAUUCAUGUCAGGUGUGCAGGAAGUAGUCAGCACUCCAGCAGAGGCAGUAAGUGCAACAGCGCCGUCGCUACAAAUCCCGAUCCCUAUGCUCAAUAAUUUCAAUAAUAACUCACGACGAGCUCAGGGCCCCGAUUCUCCUGUUCGUAGAAGUUAUAGUAGAGACACGUCUGUAGCGUCGAGUUCGCCGAUUUCGAAGUCAUGGUCCGAAGCACCUAUGGUUAACUUUCCGAAAAUGACCGCCCCGUUCUCUUCUGCUGGACAUGCUCGCCGCCCAACCUUUUCGCAGGUUAUCAGCCCCAAACAAGUCAUCCCGGAGAAGAAAAGGAUCGUGUUCAAUGAAAAUGUGACGGAAGCUGUACAUAAUUCCAGGCCACUUUCAUUCAGUCCGCAACUGCUUGACCAAUUUGCAUGUCACGUCCUUGCCUACGCGGAGAUACUGUUCGCCUGGCAACUAUUGCAUAAGCGUCUAGAGCUGUUGAAGUCCGUGGGCUCACACAUAUCUGCCUUGUUACCGGUCCACACCCGACGGGAGCUUGGCUUUGCCCCCCCCUCAUCUCCCUCGACAGCCAUGUACGCACACGCAUUUGCCGCCAUCCUCGCUUUGCCCUUCGUUGCCCAGUUCGUCAGCGCUCAGAGCUGCACUCGUAACUACACCGUUCAAGCAGGUGAUAUCUGUGACAGCAUCUCUGCUGCUCAGAAUGUCUCUACCUACCAGCUCGCUGUAGUUAACAACAUCGACGUCGACUCUCAGUGUGACAACCUCAACCCAGGCGAGAACCUCUGCCUUGGCUGGAGCGGUGACGACUGCACGAGCACCUACGUCGUCCAAGCAAACGACGACUGCGACAUCAUCACCAGCAUGGCUAACAUCAACGAUACCAUCCUCUACAUGAACAACCCCCAGAUCAACUCGGACUGCACCAACAUCUACAUCGGAGAGGUUCUCUGCACUGCUGGUACCGUUUUGGUACCCCCUGCCCCCUCCGGCACCGUUCCUGGCUCUGCAAUCCCCCCUUCUGCAACAGCCGCUAAUGACCUUCCUUACUGCGACGAGAUCGAUGACAGCAACUAA